UGCACCUUCUCAGAUGCUGCGUCAUCAUUUGAGCGAUCUAAAUUCACACGGCCGACCAAAUAUAGCCUACAUGUUGUCCUGUGGGGUUGUUUAAAGGUUCUAUCUUGUCCAUCUAGUUCCAUUUAAUCCAUCUGGUUUUAUAGGUACAAGCAAACGACAGCUUUUUAUUAAGAAUUGCAAGGGUUGCCCAGUCAUUUUAUUAACGGGAAAAUCAUUGAACGAGACAUUUAGGAUUAAUUUGGCAAGGAUAGCAAAAGGGGAGCUGUUUUUGUGCUCUGUUUCUUGUGCUGCAUUCAUCGCUUGACUGCGGUGGAGCUGCGGCUUCAUCAGCAUCAGCAUCUCCAUCGACUCGCGUCCUUCAGCAGGACCAGCGUGCCUUUACUUGCAGACGAGGAAACAGCCCGAAUUUGUCUUAAAGUUGCUCAGAGGCAGACAUUUAAUUUCGACCCUGCUAAGAAGAGGCAAUGAAGUCUUGUCCGUCACUGGCAACUUGUUUUGUGUUAUCAGCUUAUCUGUCAUGUAUGGUGGGUGUAGUCAGCGCAACAAACCCUUACCUAAAACCUGGCUUUUUGGAUUUUAACUCCUGGUUUUGGAACACCCCUCGAGGGCCACAGAUGUUCUCCUGCCUUACAUACAUUGAGAAAAACCUCCAGGUUGACUGUGAAUUCCCUGAGACCCACAAGAUCCCAGGCCCAUUCUGCGAGUUCAGACAGGAUGGGCGACUCAUGGGAUCCACCUACCCAAAUACUCCAGUCCAAUUGAUUCCUCAUAUUGAGGUCAGACGCCGUGCUAAUGUCUCCCUGGUGUCGCCGAACAUUUGUCGCCUCACCUGGAUGCCAAUGUCAGAUGACCGCGCGUACACUUACACGUGCAGGGUGUACCAGGGCAGCACCUGGAAGGAGAACAGCAUGGCAUUCCACCAAAGAAAUGUUCUGGUGUGCUCUGCAUUGAGCGUAUUCUUCCACACUGGACCGUGGAUGUUUGCAGUUAUGAUAUCACUUCCCAUCUCUCUCGGGCUUCUGUCUGUUUGACUUCACUUCAUCAAGCAGGCCAAAAGUCAAAGUCAUUAUCACAUUUAACCACUUUUGGUAUUUUAACUUCCGUGACUUUUUUGUUUGUUUUACAACCCCACUUAAAAUGUAUAUGGUGAUCGCCCAUCGUUACUGUAUCAAUAUUCACUGUGAAAUGGAAUGCAUCUGUCCCAAGCAAGUAUACACUUUUAAAACAAUGGUCACAAACUAAGAUGUUGUAUAAAUUUUUACAUUGCCAUUCAAAACCUUGGGGUCAGUAUGGUUAUUUGUUUAACAGAAAUAAAUUAAUAAUUUACUCAGCAAAUUCAGCAAGGAUGACAUGUUUAAAGAUAAGAUCUAUAUAUAUAUAUAUAUAUAUAUAUCUUUACUUUGGAUAGGACAGUGAAGAUUAAAAACAGGAAAUUCCGAUUUCCAAUUCCCAAGCUGUGAAUACAACUCGAGUUGCAGUGAACAGCAUGUUAUUAUAUAUCAGCGCACUUAACCACUAGGUUUUGGUGCUGACAAGAUAUUAAACUUAUAAUAUCUUAAGUAUAUUAAAGUAUAAAAGUAUAUAUUAAAGUAUAAAGUUAUGAAGAAUUUCUUUUUUAAAGGACGGGGAAAUUCAGCUUUGCUGUCCCAUAUUCAAAUAUAAAAUAAUGUACUGUAUAAAUGUCCUGUAUACAUUUUUGUCCCCUAAAGGUUUAUGAUUUAUUUCAUGGGUUAAAAAAGACUUGAGCAGUUGUAGAGCGAACGUUCUAAUGCCGAGCUGCUGAAAGCAACAACAAAUUAAACAACAAAUUAAACACAAUAAGCACUAUCAUCAUAAAAACACACAGAAAAUGAUGCCACUCCAGCUGAAACUCAGUUAAAAUUACAUUUAUAAUUUCUUUUAAAAAUCAGUUUUCAAAUCAUACUUUUUUCUUCAUGAAUGUCUGAUCUUUAUUAAUCUGAUAUUGUAUAAAAAACAUCACACCAGCUUGAUCUUCAAGUUCAUUCAUUUUAUCUUAGCUUAUUUAUCAGGGGUCCCCACAAUGGAAUGAACCGCCAACUAUUCUAUCAUAUGUUUAGCCAGUGGAUGCCCUUCCAGCUGCAACCUAGUACUGGAAAGUUCUUUAAAUUUGCUUUUAGCUGUUGAUGCCUUAAAUCUUAAAUUUGUUUAAAAUUUGUGGGGGCUCGUCCGGGAUCACAGUACAUUUGAAGUAUUAUCAUAAUAUCUUCUUUGCUUUUACCAAUAUUACCGACCCCAAACCUUUGAAAUGUAAUGUAUUAAUAUACAAUAGUUUAAUCAAAACAUUUCCAGUCAAAAUGAUUUUUUUUUUGUGUGUGUAAUGAAGUAAUCAUUUAUAGUCAGAUGAAUGUAGCAUGAUUGUCAAUUGCAUUGAGAUCAGAUUAAAAUUUUGCAUAAAUGUAUCCACUGUAGCUUGAGACGAUCAGCCAUUCAGCAUAUCACCUACAGUAUUCUCUGUUAUAACAAAUAUACAUUAUUAUUUUAAUAUAUGGCAUAGGAUCUUUAUAUUCAACUAUGCGCUUCCUUCAAAACAAGUCAUAGUAGCUCAAAAAGAUGUUAUACUUUUUAUUCCUGACAUUUUUGUAAUCUUUAUAGAAACAACUGAGUGAAAUCCGUAAUCUGUAAUCUCAUUGGUCAGUUGGCUGGUUUAUUGAUCCUUGCAAUUUGUCCAGUACAAAAUGCAUUGCACUACCUGAUCAUUGCCUGUUUAUCACCUUUAUAAGGACAACUCUGUUUGAAGGACAUCACCACUGAUGACAUAUUAAAUUCCAACGCUCACACAUGAUGCAACUGAAUAUCCUGUACAACAGCUGAAGGACUUUUUUCAGUAACGUUUCAAGGAGAAGAACGACACAGACCUAGAACAGUACACAAGUGCAUAAGAAUCUAGUCUAGCUCAAUAACUAUUCUGAUGUACACUUACAUAUAUUUAUAUGUGUCUUCCAUUAUGCUUGCAUGCACAGUACAGAUGCUGUAAGUACACAUUUAAUUGCACUGUACUGUUUAGCUGCUCUUGCACAUGCUUUUUUGCACCAACUUUAAGUGCCUUAAGUUGACUUAAGGUAUAAUCUGUGCUUUUGCAAUGUAGUGCUUUGUUUCAUUUUUGACCAUAGUGACUCACAAAGACUGCGUAGCAAUAUGUUCAAGCACUAACACGCACAUUUCACACACUAAUUGUCUUUGUACUCUCUUCUUUUACUGUAUCUUUCCAUCACUUUGUCUUAUCAUUUAAAGGAUCUACUGAGAAAUGUCACAGAAAACAAUAAAGGAAUGUAGAGUGUAA